AUGACACCAAAGCGACAGACGUCUAUAAGCAGCUUUUUCACAAGCCAGUCUUCUAAACUGCAGCUGCCUUUGGCCAAGUCAGCUAGCAAGCCACUGGCAAAGAAAGCCGCGUUUUAUUCCAAUGAUAUUGAUAGAUUCCAGUUCCAGAAAAACGCGUCUCCGGCAGCCGAUGCAGUUGCUGCUACACCGCCAUCAGCACCACCGCGAUCUCAACCGUUCUCGCCCCAGGCUGGAGGUGGAGAAGAUGAAACGCUGCUGAUUUCCUCACGCUCAAGCAGUAUUGCGAAAUUUCAGUUUGAUCAAGCUUUCUCGUGUGAAGGGAGCCAGAAACGAAAGGCACUGUCUCCAUCUAUCACUACUAGCACCGCCGCCAAUACUGCUGAGACACGGAGCUUGAAAAAGGCUCGCACUAGCACCAAGCUUACCCCGCUUGAAGUGCAAAUUCUUGAACUCACCGCAGUACAUCCUGACAAGAUCCUUUUGAUUCAAGUGGGAUACAAAUACAAGGCAUUUGGCGAAUACGCAGCGCAGCACGUGGCUAAAAGUUUAAACAUCAUGUAUAUCCCUGCGCCCGAUCCCAGAUUCUCCUAUUGCUCCUUCCCUGAAAAUAGACUACACAUCAAUUUACAGCGGAUCUUAAACACUGGCGUCAAAGUGGGCAUAGUUAAGCAAAUGGAAUCGGCUAUAGUCAAGGAGAUUGACAAAGUAGGCAAAAGCGGAGAUGUGAUGAAACGCGAAUUAACGGGUGUUUACACCAAGGGAACGUAUAUGAGCGACGAGUUUAUUGGAAGCAAUUUGAUCCCCAGUUCAACAGAACUGGAAAAUCCCUGUUACAUUGUGUGCAUCAAUGAAGUUGUUGGUGAAGGCGAGUUUGCCGUGGUUGCUGCUCAGCCACUCACGGGCGAGAUUGUCUAUGACGUAUUUCUCGAUGACCACAGCCGUGAAGAAAUGGAGACACGAUUAUUGUAUUUGCGGCCUAGCGAGGUCAUUGUGGUGAAUUCCGAGCUGGCGAUCAGCGCGAGCACAAUGAAGUGUUUGAGGUUGAUCAAUCACGAAUUGAAAAUUGACCAUCGCCAACGCGGCGCCCUCGAGUUGGCAUCUUUUUUAACUCAAGACAUGGUGGAUUACUACAGUGCAAAUUUUCCUCAGCCGGUUCAAGAAUGUGUCUCGGAGUUGAUCAAGUACUUGUCCGAGUUUAAAUUGAGCAACAUAUUCACCAUACCUCAAAACAUAACCACGUUUAAGGAUUCAAGAAAAUAUAUGAUCUUGCCAGCCAAUACUCUAGCAGCGUUGGAAGUUUUUGCAAACUCAACAGACCCCAAGUCGCUUCGAGGGACACUAGUUUGGCUUUUGAAUCAUACUCGAACCCGGUUUGGUAAUAGACUUUUGGAGAAAUGGAUCUCAAAGCCGUUGAUUGAACGAGAUAAGAUUGAGGAGAGAUAUCAAGCUAUCGCGGACUUGAAUAGCGAUUUUAAUCACGUUAUUGACUCGUUGAUAAAACAACUAGAUAAAAUCGGCAAGAAUCUAGACUUGGAGGAGCUUUUGAUCAAAAUACACUAUUCGGCAACUGCUUUUUCUACAAGAAUCAAUCGAAAGCAAAUUUUCUCGAUGCUUGAAAGCUUCAGCGAGAUCUUGAAAGUGGUGAAACUGUUUGAAAAGACCAUUAGUGGUGGCAGUAUGAAACUCCAAUCGCCUUUAUUAAGGCAAAUGUUGGACGAUUUACUUUCGCUAUCGAAAACUGACCUUGUAUCCAACUUCACCGACAUGAUCAACCCUGCAUAUUUAUUAAACGAGCUGAAAGAUCCCAUGGAACAAAAGACAAAAUUUUUCAACUUGAACCACCAUGGCUUUGAUGAGAUUAAGCACGAAUUUGAUGAAAUCAAACACGUCGAGGACUUGCUAGAUGAAGAGCUCAUCAAGGUGCGGCAAUUGUUGCAACGCCCGCAACUCAAGUACGUCUCAGCAAACAAGGAGCCUUAUCUAAUCGAGGUGCGCAAUGGCAAAGCCGUAGAUGCACUCCCCACGACAUUUGUUAAAGUCAAUGGGACAUCGACCGUUAGCCGGUUUCGAAACAAGGAAAUCUCCAAGUUGUAUAAACUCAAGCUAUACCACGAAGAAAUGUUGGUGCAACGAUGCGACGAGGCAUUCGUCGAGUUUGUUGAAAACUUGGACUCGCAAUACGGGUUCUUCCAAAAGAUUGUCAAGCAUUUAUCCAUUUUUGACUGCUUGCUCUCCCUCACAGCUGCCAGUGUACUCAACACCCAGGUGAAGCCAACUUUAACUGAUGAUUUGUUGAUUGACGUCCGCAGCGCACGACAUCCAAUCAUAGAACAACUCAGAGACAAUUACGUGGCCAACGACAUCAACAUCCAAUACGAUACCAACCGAGCACUAAUCAUCACGGGACCAAACAUGGGAGGCAAAUCCUCAUAUGUGAAAAUGGUUGCAUUGUUUACCAUAAUGACGCAAAUUGGGUGUUAUCUCCCGUGUGAACUGGCCACCAUGGGGAUCUUUGAUUCCCUCUUUAUCAGAAUGGGAGCAAGCGACAAUAUCUUAAAGGGCAGUUCAACAUUUAUGACUGAAAUGCUGGAGUGUGGAAAUAUAAUCCAGCGACUCACCAACAGGUCCCUUGUUAUACUUGAUGAGAUUGGCCGCGGCACGGGGACAACGGACGGCAUUGCUUUGGCAUAUGCCAUUCUCAAAUAUUUCAUCGAAUGCGACAAUAAGCCUUUGCUUCUUUUCAUAACUCAUUAUCCUUCAAUCCACGUCGUGGAACACGAGUACGAUGAGGGAGAAGUGGUCAACUACCACAUGGGAUUUGAAGAAAUACAAGACGCAGAGCUGACAGAACUGGAGCUUCCUCAAGUGAUCUUUUUAUUCAACUUGUGUCGUGGUGUUGUCAACAAUUCUUAUGGAUUGAACGUGGCCAAACUAGCUGGCGUUCCUACGCAAGUGAUUCUGCUGGCGUAUGUUGUUAGCGAGGAGUUGAAGAGUCGGGUCGAAAUGGAGGACAAUUUUAGAAUGUGGGGGUUAUUGAAAAGUCUUGUUGAGAAGUUGUCGUCGUGA